GGAAGCGCGUUGACUGGGGAGGGGAUCUGCCUUUACUUGUAAGGUUCGCUAUCUUCAGGACAGUUUUACGAUAUGGUUAUGCUGAAGAAAAUUAUUCAAGAUACGAUUGUACAAGACAUUUUAGGGUUAAUUGUUGCAUCGUCCAUUGCAUUUCCACCUGACGAGAAAAGCGUUUAUUUUCGCGUGCCACAAUCGCAGAAUGGGGGCAAGUAGAGUUUACUGGCUUUUGGAGACAGACUGACAGCUUGUGAAAAUACGGUAUAUAAACAACCCCGAGUUUGCUACGGCGUGUUUACAAGCGUUGAAUGGCCAUGACGACCAGCGCAGAGCGGAAGUUCAUCAAUCUGCGCAAGCGUUUGGAUCAGUUGGGCUACAGACAGCCGCUGGCCAUUGAGUGUCUCCCACUGGUCGAGAAACUCUUCAGUGAUCUGGUCCACACCACGGAGAGUCUCAGAAAUGCCAAGCUUGCUGCAGGAAAGACAGAAAAGGACAGUCGGAAUCUGGAUACCAUUCUGGAGCCGUAUAAAACUGAUAAUGCUCGACUAGUCAAAGAGAACAAUGAGCUGCAUCUUGGGCUUCUGAAAGUGAAAGAGGAGAAGGAUCGCAUCAGCAGAGAGCUGAAGGCGUACAUCAGAAAACUAGAGCAUGAAACCACCGAUCUGAAAUUUCUUAAUAAUCAGUAUGUUCACAAGGUGCGGUCCCUUGAGAAAGACAGCAAGGCCAAGACGGAGCGAAUCUUUCAGCUACAGGAGAAGAACAUGCAAGCUGUGGUUCAAACACCAGGUGGGAAGAAACGAUCAAUCCCGUUCAGACGCCAACGGAUGCAGACAGAUGAACUCCUCCCACCUAGUGGCCCCGCCCCUUCAUCUGUGGCACAGCCAGUUGAUCCAUACAUCGCUGACCUUUUGCAGGUGGCUGAUGACAGGAUCCAGGAGCUCCAGAAUGAAGUGGCACAGCUGAUGCUUGACCUGGAGAGAGCGCAGGCAGGAAUCAAGCAUCUCAAUAAUCAGGUGGAAGAGCGAGACAAAGAAAUUGAACGUCUGAAUCGAGCUCUUGAUGGAGGUCGACCCAAUGAUGUCAUUUCUCUGGAGGCUCAAAACAUCAGCAAUGAAAAGCUUAUUGCUCAUCUGAACCUACAGAUAGAAUAUCUGCAGGAGACAAACAGAUCCCUGGAAGAGAAAGUUGAGGGACUGCAGCAGAGAAAGAAGACCGUUUCCAGUGAAGUUGCCGAUCUGAGCGCUCGAAAUCAAGAGCUGUGCCAGGAACUCACGCAAGUAGAUCAGCUCGCCCAGCAGCUUGAGAAAGACAAAGAGAUGGUUCUGGAGACUGCUGACAUGGAGCUCCAAGAGGCCAAGAAAGAGAUUCAGCGUCAACUGCGGGAGAUAAGGAACCUGGAGGAGGUCAUCUCUACAUUAAGACUGGAUAUGGCUGAUGGAGAUCAUGAGAAAGACCGACUGAGAGAUCAGCUCCUUGAACUUCAAGAACAGAAUGAGAAGAUGGAGGGACUCAUGAACUUAUUCAAAGAGGAGAAGAAGAGACUUCACGACAAAACCGAAAGGAUGACACAGGCUGAUAAGGAGAUGAUUCUGGAAUUGGAGCGAAUGCGUGUAAAGCAUGGGGUGUGUGGAAAGGAUCCCUCUCCCUCCCGCCUGGACGCCUUUGUGAAAAGUUUAGAGGAGGAAAGGGAUUAUUACAGACAAGAAGUGGAGCGUUACCGCACUGUGAAGGACAGAGGGAACAAAAGCCCCACCCCUAGUCCAGGCAGGGGGAGGAGCCCAAGAGGUAGAAGCAGCUGGAAUGCACAGAGAGAUUUCGCAGAUGCAGAGCUCUCACGUGCAGUAAAGGAGAGAGAUGAGCUUCAGUCAGUGCUGCUGGGCUUUGAGAAACACAUGGAGGACAUCCAGACCCGAGUUAAACUACUGACUGCAGAGAGAGAUCAGCUCAGCACUCAGUACCAGCAGGCUCAGGAGGAAUUGAGACGUGUCUAUAUGGAGCUUGAGUCACCUGAACUCCAGAGCAGGACCAGAGACGACAGAACACAGACUGAACUCCAAAGAAUUACUGCAGAGAGAGACAGACUCAGAGACAGACUCAAGGGUGCCCAGACUACAGCUCUGACAGACAGAGAACAAGAGGAGAUCAGAAUUCUUGAACUGGAGAACACCGUUCAGAUGCUGGAGCGAGAGAAGGCUGAUCUGCGCACUCAAGUGUCUGUUUUUAAGGAGAAUCGUGCUGCUUUUGAAAAAGAGCUGCAGGCUCGGUCUACAGUCAUGGUACAGAAUGCAGAGGAGGCGGUACAGCAAAGAGCUGAGAGCUGCGCACUGAGAUUGCUACAGGAGCAGAUGGAACAGUCUCUGUCAGAUGUUCAGCACAGAUUAUCCGUGAAGACCAAUGAACUACAAGCGGCCCACCAACAGAUUGACAAACUAGAGGAGAAAAUUGCUGAAUUUAGUAGACAUGGUUCGUCACAAAAGAAUGAGGUUACAGCACUGCAGAACGCAAUAGCAUCACUAGACCGAGAAAAAGACACCCUGCAGGAUGCAGUGGACCAGAAGACUGAAAGUAUGGUACUGCUACAGGAGGAGAGUCAUAGGAAGGAAAAGACUCUAGUCGAAGUCAGGUUAACCGUCACAGACUUGGAGAACUCUCUGGAUCAGCUGAAAGGGGUGCUAAACAGUCGCGAGCGGGAAAUCGCCAGCCUCCGCAGACAGCUGGACCAGUCGCACGAGGAGCUGUCAUCGAUCAGUCGAGACCGAGAGGUCGCGUUGAGAGAAAACCGCAGAUUACAGGAGGAUCUGGCCACCAUGACCCGAGAAAACCAGGCAGUGCAUGCAGAGAUGCAAGAUGCUCUGAACGAGAGAGACGAACUGAAGCUUAGAGUUCACUCGUACAUCUCAGAAGUGGCUCGGAUAGAGAGCUUGAUGGCUGCCAAGGAACAGGAAAACAGGGAGAUGUUGAAACACUUCCGCUCCAUCCACUCUGAAUCACAGGACAUUGAGUUGAAGUUACAGCAGGCUGAGGAAUUAAACAAGUCCAUCAGACUAGAGUUACUCUCGUCUGACACAGAACGCAGACACCUGAGGGAAAGAGUCUCGCUGCAGGACAGAGAGAUACAAGAGCACUUGAAUGCUAUGCAAGCAUAUGAAUCUCAGGUGUCAUCACUGGCACGGGCAAUGUCUCAUUUAGAAGAGGAAGUACAGACGGCUCAAGCUGAGAAAGCUUCAGUAUUGGAAGAUCUGGCUUCCAUCAGGGAACUCUGUGUUAAGCUCGACUCCAGCAAAGCGGUCACGGCUUGCCAGCUAACUGCUAAAAGCAUGGAGCUAGAAAGAGUGACGGGUGAACUGGAGGAUGUGCGCUCGGAGGUGGAGGUUCUGAAAAAACAGCUGGUCAGUGAGAGGUUGACUGUUCGCAAUCUGGAGGCCCUGCUGUCUACCAAUCGGCAAAAGGAGUUCCAGACGCACCUAAGCGCCAGUGAAAAGGAGUCUGAGCUUAAAGUGCUGAAGGAUCGCCUCACUCUUGCAGACAGCAAAACGGCUGGUCAUGCUCGAGAGGUUUCUCAGCUGCGUGGCAAAGUCUCUCAGCUGCAGACAGAGAUGGAUGUCCUUAAGAGACAGCUAACCACUGAGCGCUUUGAAAGAGAGAGAGCCGUGCAGGAGAUGCGCAGACAAGGCUUGUCUUUCUCCUCUUUGCGUAGCUCGUCACCCCUCAGCACCUCCCUCAGUCCACGACCCGUUUCUCCUGAACGCUCCAUCCUCCGCACACCAGAGCACUCCAUAGACAAAAUACCAGAAAAGUGAGUCUCAUAUAAGAAGUGUGAGCUUUAAGGAUUAGAAAAGGUUUGAUGUGUUGAACACAUUGAUGGAUCAUUCCUCCAGGACAUCAGAAGAGCAACCUGACACAUUUGCAUUGACAUAAGACAUUUAGUUAAGGUAUAACAUGGAUGUCUUGCGAAGAUUCUUUUCUGAAGCAAGCUUGGGAUCAAUUUUGAAGAUCCUUUAUUUAUUUACUGGGUAAAUUAUGCCCUAAAGCCAAUGAGUAGAACAGUGUUGUUUGUCUAGUUGUGUUUUUUUUAAUAACUAAUGCAAGACGCAAUGGUUGUUGUCUGUUACAUUUUUGUAUUGUCGUUUUUAUUACAGAAAACAAAGCUGUAUUUCAUGUAUUGAUGUUAUAUUCGUCACACAGCAGGCCUUUUUACAUGUUACUAAUAUAAAGAGUGUAACUGUUUUAAAAGA